GUGAGCUUCGCUUCCACCCACGAAAUCUCGCUUCUUGACUUCAAGCAAAGCAUGGCCCCCCCUUAUAUGGAAAGAGAAGCAUCUUUUUAACCCCUCUUCCUCUGUCUCUGCUGCGCUCUAUGGCUAGCCUCUCAUGCCGGACGAGACGCUCUGAAGAAGACACCUCGAAACUCAAAUCUUUUUUGCUCGCCUUCCUCUAAAAUCUUCAUCUUUUCUUUGCUUUCUUCUGUCCUCUGAUCCACCGCCUUUCUCUUGUAGUUAUUGUUUGUGUUGCUCCUUCAGCAGUUUUCCCUGUUUCCAUAUCUCUUCUGCUGUUCCCACAGGUUUGAACCCAUCAGAGCGCACACCCAGUUGGGCUUGGUGAUGGGAAUAGUUUCUUGAUCGGGCACCCAGAUUCAGCGGAUCAACUUAGGAUUUGAACGAUGCGAAAAGCAGUUGUUUCUUCACCCUCAUAAGGAAAACGAAAUAUUUCAAGACUGGGUAUUUGGUCCUGCUAAAUUGUCCAAUGGGUAGAGUCAGAGGUAAAGGGAAGAAGCAGACGCUAGUGACUCGUGAAGAUCCUGGGAGCGGCGAAGAAGAAAAAAUUCCGACAAUUAGAAAACGCGGAAGGCCACAUAAGCCAGUGAAGGAUGAAGUUGAAGACAACGGUCAUGAAACUGAUAAGGUAGAAGAGAUUGCUGAGCUCACCAAAGAUUCGCUCCCUGGGAAGGAUGUGAAAAUUGAGGCUGCCCCUGAAAAUGGAAGGAAGAGGAGGAGGUCUGCACAAGCCAAAGACACUAUAGAUUCUGUCAAAGAGGAAACUGGUAUUAAAACUAAACCAAGCGCCAAUGAUGCAGCGAAAUUCGUUGGAUACCGAACAAAUGGGAAUAGGCGAAAGAACAAGCCUCGCCGUGCUGCUGAAGCUGGGGUUGAGUGCAAGUGAGAUUAUACUUGACUUGCUAUAGUUUCUGAUCUUCUUCCCAGAUUUGAAUUUUCGAUUGCUUUCAUAUGAUUUUGUUUUAUGUUUACAAAUUCUCUUCUUCUUUUGGCCAGUUUCAUAUUUCAGAAAUGGAUAAUUUUGACUCUAAGGUUUUGAAAUGGAGAAUUCCACUGCUGCCUGUUUCAUUGAUCUAUUCUACCAUAGCUGUGCUUGAGGAGUAACUAUCAUAUUGUAGUCCUGUCAUGCACUCUGGUCUGCAACUUCAGUU